CGAGAACAGUGGUGCACUGUUUCUGCUGCCUCCGUUUGUCUAAUUGGCCCAGACGCCCCACCAGCGCGAGGCUGCCCCAGAGCUCCUCGCUGGCCACCCCCGCGGCCCGCAGCUCGGUAGAGGCGGGAAAGCAGCGCGCCUGCGCCGUGGGAACCGGGGCCGGAGGCGAAAAGCGGGGAGCGGAGGGGGGCCGUUGGAGCCUAGUAGCGUACAGAGCGGCGUGUGACGCGGGGACGCCGCGCGCUCCCAACGUCGCCCCGGUUUGACGCACACGGCACCAAACUGCUAAGAUGGCGGCGGCGGCCGAGGAGGCGGAGUUGGUGCUGCACAAGGAGCCCGGGCCCCGGGUUCGGGGAGGCGGCGGCCGCGGCGGCCGCGGGGGGCGGCGGAGCCUGAGGUCUGAUUCCCUGGCCUUUGUGUCCCUGGGAGCUUAAUCUCUGCCAGAGGAAAGCAGGUGUGCUCCACUUCUCCCGUGAACCUGAAGAUGAGUUGUCCCAGACCCUUCUCAGUGAUUGGAAACUUAGGUGGUGGAGCUAAAGGUUUCUUGUUACCAGACUUCCACAGACGACUCUCGUGUUGGGAUCCAUCCAUGGUUUAGCAACAUUAGUGGAAAACUUUUCCUGAACUGUUGAAGUGAUAUUGACAUAAUUUUAGUUGUUAUAAAACUUUUAUGUUUAGACUUCAGAUUUUGUGUGGUCAUUAAGAAGUACUCAACGAGGGGAUAAACACAACCCGGGGUCUGAAUGAUGGUCCUGUUUUGUAUACAAGUUAAAAAGUUCAACAGAAAUGCCAAAACACCAUCAUCUCUUCUGGCCAUUCCUGACUAAUGCCAGGCUUGUUGCAUCUGGAUGACAGAUUAGAUUUGCCUUAAUAGUAUAUUGCCUCUCUGCAGUAGUUUAGGUACAUUUUUUGGUCCUACAAGAAGGAAAGCAUUUCAAAAAACGUAGACAACUCAAGUUACUCAAAGGAAGGAUUCCUGCUGUUUGCCUUCAGUGCCAUGUGUAAGUAUCCAGGGAAAUUGAUGGCAGCAGUAUUGCAUUGGUAGGUCUGAUAAGAAAAGAUUAGUUUUUAUGAAGAAGUUAUAAUUUAGUUUAGGAAUUUUAAUAGAUGAAACAUGAAGGCUUGGCUAGUAUUAAUGCAGUGAUAUGUAUAUUGCUGUUAAAAUCACGGCAGUGUAAGGUUUAGAAUUUCUAACAAAGUGAUACUGCACUUAACGACUACAUCAUACUUUGUAGAUAGGUAUUAACUAGUAUUUGAAGUACAAAAUUUGGAAACAACUGUUUUGUUUUGGCCAGGUCAUGUUAACAAAUUAAAUUACUUGAUUGAAGGGAUAUUUAAACACAUUUGAGUCUCUGUUCAAAUUGAAAUUUGAACUUUUCAACAUUACUUAAAACUUGCGUUUUCCUUUUUUCAAUAUAUAUUUCCCCCUUUUAGCUUUUCUCCUAAUAGAGAACAAUCUUCUUGUAUUAAUGAAUGGGAGAUCAAUUAACAUUGGCAAAAUGUAUUACUGAAUCAUACAGUUUUACUCAGAGGACAACUAUUUCUUACCCUGUCUUUUAUGGUGUAUCAAGAGCCAGAGAUGAUUAAGUUAGUGGCAUAAUGAAAAAUUGUCUCUCAACUGCUACCCUAUUGCCGUUUUCAUUGAUCACAUUGCUGGGAUGAGAAGGUAGUUGUCUGUAACUAAUAAUGAUUAAAAAAUAAAGCAGUGUGUUUGAGAAUACUUGUUAAUUAGGUACUAUUAUAUUAAAUAGAACUUCUGUGAAAAUAAGUUAAAAACUUGUAUUUAAUGUGAUAUGAUGACUUAGUUUUUAAAGUGACUUUCAGUGAAACAAAUUCAGAUGGAAAAUACAUUUCAGAUAAUUUCAGAGCAAUGUUCAUUUUGAACUUUGAGGUUUUAAAGAGCAUUCUUGACCCAGAAAUUUAAAAAAACUGAAUAAACUUCUUGGAAGGUUUGAAAUAACUGCCAGUACUACCAGUUAUUACGUAAGAAAUGAGAUAGAUGCUGAAAACAAUGAUGCUAGUGCCUUUCAUUUUGUAAUAGCAUUGCAGUUGGAUAAAUGGACAUGCCACUUACACCAGCCCUUGUUAAAAACAGCUUGUUAAGACUAACUACAACUACUACUACCGAGUAGUAGAUCUGUAAAAUCUGUUAGGAAAUUCAACAAGUAGUAAAAUCUCUUAUGGUGGGAUCCCACAGUUAUCUUUAAUUUCUUUGGAUAUCAAAUUUAACAAAACCAGUUACAUUGUCUUGAGGUUUUAAAGCUUUUAUGGAUCAUUUAAAUUAUUGAUUUUUCUAGGGAAGUUGAUAAGCUAUUUCUUAAUUUUCAACACUAUGUAUGUAAGUGGAUUCAAUUACACUUUAGUCUUUUGAUAAUUAGGAUUACCCUCAGAUUAUUUGUGAUUAAAGAGUGAGUCUGUCACUUGCAAACAUUAAACAUUUUGCAGAUUUAGUUUGCCAUUCAAGUUACAAGAGGGAGAGUUUUGGUUGUGGUUGAAAUGAGACUGGAUUGUGUAUUAGGAGGGGAAAAGAAAGACUCAAGGACAGUCACUAGAAGUGGUGGGGAUACCUGCAAUUUAGAGAAAUUAAUUGUCAGAAAAGAUGAAGUUCAUCUUUUUCUCAUCCCAAAUACACUGUUAGUGUUUAGGGUUACUUAUUUAGGCUCUUUUCUCAGGGUAUGAUUCCAAAGGAAAAAAGUAGAUCUUAUUCUUAUAGGAAUGUUUUUGUCAUGACUGUUUUUCAGGCAGAUGGUAAGGCAGCUGUAGUUUGCACCGAAUGCAGAAAUGGGUAUGUUGAAUUACCCAGCCCUAAUUUCAUAGAAUAACAAUUUUUCCAGUCCUUUUAAAAAAACUGUUUAAAAUCUUUUUAAAUUGAAAGCCCUAUAAAAUAAACAUAGAAUGAAAGGUGGCUACUAUAAUAUUUUGGAUAGUCAAAUGAGCUCCAAUUUUUUUACAUUUAUUUGUUAUCAUUAAUCUCUGGUAUGGAGAAUGUCUUUUGUAGAUAGAGGAUCUGUAAAUAUUGAAAAAGUUGAGAUGUAGCACUGCCUGAAGCAGUUCUAGAAGUAGUGUCUUUUAAUUCAGGUUUAUUAGAUAUAGCUGCUUUUAACAGUGCAAACCAUUUACACUAUUGAAUUUUGAGAGAAUUGAGAAUAAUCAAACUGAUUCUAGCAUUAGCUCACCCUGCUGGUUGGCUAAAGUAUUUCUCUUCUUCCCCCUCUUAAAAACAAGCAAACACUUAAGAUCACUUGAGAACUAGCAGGUAGAACACCAAAUUCAAUUCAUAGUCUUUCUUCAGGGAGAUGGAGUCUCCGUGGAAAAGGUGUUUUGUCUUCUCUAGGGGCCAUUUGCUCUACUGUUAAACUUAAUUUUUUCUUAGAUUUGCGAAAGUUGAGCUUUGGAGUUACUAUUCUCUUUGAAUUUACUGGGAACUCUUAUGUGAUUAUGCGGAGUUAGUAUGUUUUUGUUCUUUUCAAUUCAAGGUAGGACAUCCUUUGACAAUUGAGAAAUGUUAGCAAGAAAAACAAAAAAUCCUGUGAUAUAACUUUCCAGGAGGAGAAAAGCAGAGGAUUUCAAGAGGAAGAGGAGGAGGAGGAUGCCAGGGCAGAAGCAACAGCAUUGCACACUUCUCUUGGAUGGGGGAAAAUGAGACUUCAUAAAGAUUAGUGUUUCUAAGAGAUUUCCGUUGCAAUCUCCCUCAACUGAUCUUUGCCCUACCUCUUCUCUCUGUAAGCUGUAGCCUUCCCAUUUCAUUUGGUAUUCCUGGAACUGUGAUCUUGUUUGAUUUAAUUGCGAAUGAGAUUGUUCUUGCAGCGAGAUGUUAAUAAGACAAAAUCUAGACUAAAUGUGUUAAAUGGGCUUGCCAACAAUAUGGAUGAUUUGAAGAUAAACACCGAUAUUACUGGUGCUAAAGUAGAACUCCGAGAUGACAACAAUUUUAUCUCAGACAAAGAGAGUGGAGUUCAUAAACCAAAAGAUUGUCAAACAUCAUUUCAGAAAAAUCAUAUGUUCACUCUGCCUGAAGAGCUGUCAAAGGACAAAUCUGAAAAAGCCUUAAGUGGAGGCCAGUCUACUCUAUUUAUACAUGCUGGUGCUCCUACUGUUUCCAGUGAAAACUUUAUCUUGCCUAAAGGAGCUGCUGUUAAUGGACCAGUUUCACACUCCUCCUUAACUAAGACUUCCAAUAUGAAUAAAGGCAGUGUUUCAUUAACCACUGGACAACCUGUGGAUCAGCCAACAACAGAAUCUUGUUCAACUUUGAAGGUGGCAGCUGAUCUUCAGCUAUCUACACCACAGAAAGCAAGUCAAAGUCAACACCAAGUUUUAUUUUUGUUAUCAGAUGUAGCACAUGCUAAGAAUCCAACCCAUUCCAUUAAAAAACUACCUACCUCUGCUUCAGUUGGUUGUGACAUUCAGAAUUCAGUAGGGAAUAGUAUGAAGUCAGAUAGCACUUUAAAAAAUCAAGUAGAGGUGGGUGAGGAUAGUGAAGAUUUAUUGGUAAAAGAUGAUUGUGUCAAUACAUUAACAGGAAUUUCCUCAGGUACAGAUGAAUUUAGAUCAGAAAAUGAUACAAACUGGGAUCCCCAAAAAGAGUUUAUUCAGUUUCUUAUGACUAAUGAAGACACAGUGGAUAAAGCUCCAGUUCACUCUAAAGUAGGUCUAGAAAAAAAGAGAAAGCGAAAAAUGGAUGUGAGCAAGAUAACUCGUUAUACUGAGGAUUGCUUUAGUGAUUCUAAUUGUAUACCCAAUAAGUCAAAAAUGCUAGAAGUAGACUUUCUGGAACAGAAUGAAGAACUACAAGCAAUAGACUCACAGAAAUAUGCAUUAUCAAAAGUGAAGCCUGAAUCAACUGAUGAAGACUUGGAAUCUGUGGAUGCCUUUCAACAUCUAAUUUAUAACCCAGAUAAGUGUGGAGAAGACAGUUCACCUGUUCAUACUAGCACUUUUCUUUCAAAUACCUUAAAAAAGAAAUGUGAAGAAAGUGAUUCCGAGUCACCUGCUACUUUCAGCACCGAAGAGCCAUCAUUCUACCCCUGUACAAAGUGCAAUGUGAAUUUUAGGGAGAAAAAGCACCUCCACAGGCAUAUGAUGUAUCAUUUAGAUGGGAAUAGUCACUUUCGCCAUCUUAAUGUCCCAAGGCCAUAUGCUUGUAGAGAAUGUGGACGGACAUUUCGAGACCGUAACUCACUUCUAAAGCAUAUGAUUAUCCACCAAGAAAGAAGACAGAAGUUGAUGGAGGAAAUUCGUGAAUUGAAAGAACUUCAGGAUGAAGGAAGAAGUGCACGAUUACAGUGUCCUCAGUGUGUGUUUGGUACCAAUUGCCCUAAAACAUUUGUGCAGCAUGCUAAAACCCAUGAAAAAGAUAAAAGGUACUACUGCUGUGAAGAGUGUAACUUCAUGGCAGUGACAGAAAAUGAAUUGGAAUGCCAUCGAGGCAUUGCCCAUGGAGCAAUGGUAAAAUGCCCUAUUGUCAGUUCUGAUGUAGCCCAGAGAAAAACGCAAAAAAAGACUUUCAUGAAAGACUGUGUUAUAGGAUCGUCCAAAAAAUCAGCUACCUACAUAUGUAAGAUGUGUCCUUUUACUACUUCAGCCAGAAGUAUUUUAAAAAAACACAUGGAGUACUUGCAUUCAUCAUCAUGCAUUGAUUCAUUUGGUAGCCCUCUUGGACUUGAUAAAAGAAAAAGUGACAUCCUUGAAGAAUCUAUAGAUAUGGAUAGCACUAAACCAUUAAUUAAACAACAGUCAACCACAUUUCCAAAGAACUCUGCUUUAAAACAAGAUGUAAAGCGAACAUUUGGAUCAUCUUCGCAACCAAGUAAUUUUUCAAAAUUCCAUAAGCGGCCGCACAGAAUACAAAAAGCUCGGAAAAGCAUUGCCCAGUCAGGUAUAAACAUGUGCAAUCAAAACAAUUCUCCUCACAAGACUGUUGUGAUUAAAAGCAGCAUUGACCAAAAACCUAAGUAUUUCCAUCAAGCAGCAAAAGAAAAAUCAAAUGCCAAGGCAAAUAGCAACUAUUUAUAUAGACACAAAUAUGAAAACUACAGGAUGAUCAAAAAAUCAGGUGAAUCGUAUCCUCUGCAUUUCAAAAAAGAAGAGAGUAGUUCAUUAAAUUCUUUACAUCUGUUUUCAUCAUCAAGUAAUUCUCACAACAAUAGUUUUAUUUCAGACCCUCAUAACUCUGACACCAAAAGGCCAGAAAGCUUCAAAGACCACAGACGUGUAGCUGUAAAGAGAGUAGUUAAGGAAUCUAAGAAGGGAAGUUCUGUUGGAGGAGAAGAGUUGGAUAGCUAUCCAGAUUUCUUGCAUAAAAUGACUGUUGUUGUUUUACAGAAACUUAAUUCUGCUGAAAAGAAAGAUAGCUAUGAAACAGAAGAUGAAAGUUCCUGGGAUAAUGUUGAGCUAGGUGACUAUACUACACAGGCUAUAGAAGAUGAAACCUAUAAUGAUAUUAAUCAAGAACAUGUAAACUUAUUCCCUCUGUUUAAAAGCAGGAUAGAAGGCCAAGAUCCUGGAGAAAGUGCUACCCUAGGUUAUGAUCAAAACGAUGGCUUUUAUUUUGAAUAUUAUGAAGAUGCUGGAACUAAUAACUUUUUGCAUGAGAUACAUGAUCCUCAGCAUUUAGAAAAUGCGGAAACUUCAUUGUCAAAACAUAGUUCUGUUUUUCAUUGGACUGAUUUGUCUCUUGAGAAGAAAUCAUGUCCUUACUGCCCAGCAACAUUUGAAACAGGGGUUGGGUUGUCAAACCAUGUCCGGGGACAUCUUCACAGAGCAGGAUUAAGCUAUGAAGCCCGUCAUGUUGUAUCGCCAGAACAAAUAGCCACAAGUGACAAAAUGCAGCAUUUCAAAAGAACUGGCGCAGGGACACCUGUUAAACGAGUUAGAAAAGCUAUAGAGAAGUCUGAAACCACUUCUGAACAUACUUGUCAGCUCUGUGGUGGUUGGUUUGAUACUAAAAUUGGAUUAUCAAAUCAUGUUAGAGGCCACCUGAAAAGACUUGGAAAGACCAAAUGGGAUGCUCACAAAUCUCCAAUCUGUGUUCUGAAUGAGAUGAUGCAAAAUGAAGAAAAAUAUGAAAAAAUCUUAAAGGCAUUGAACAGUCGACGUAUUAUUCCCAGACCAUUUGUAGCUCAAAAACUUGCAUCAAGUGAUGACUUUCUAUCUCAAAAUGUUAUACCUCUUGAAGCAUACCGUAAUGGCCUAAAGACUGAAGCUUUAUCAGUGUCUGCGUCAGAGGAAGAAGGGCUGAGUUUCUUAAAUGAAUAUGAUGAAACAAAACCAGAACUGCCCAGUGGAAAAAAGAAUCAGUCUCUUACACUGAUAGAACUGCUUAAAAAUAAAAGGAUGGGAGAAGAAAGGAAUUCUGCUAUUUCUCCUCAAAAGAUUCAUAAUCAAACUGCAAGAAAGAGAUUUGUUCAGAAAUGUGUUCUUCCAUUAAAUGAAGAUAGUCCGUUGAUGUAUCAACCACAAAAAAUGGACUUGACUAUGCACUCAGGUAUGCCUGUGAAGCUUAGAACAUGUGUGCAUUGCAAUACGACGUUUACAAGUGCUGUUAGCCUGUCCAACCACUUACGCGCUUAUGCACGAAAGAAGAGUGCUGGACUUUUGACUGGUACAGCCUUAGAUUGUAAGCAAAAGAAAUCAAGGUCAAGAUCUGGAAGCAAGAAGAAAAUGCUAACAUUACCUCAUGGUGCUGACGAGGUUUACAUUCUCCGAUGCAGGUUUUGUGGCCUAGUCUUUCGUGGACCGUUGUCUGUUCAGGAAGACUGGAUUAAGCACUUACAACGACACAUUGUAAACGCUAAUCUUCCAAGGACUGGAGCUGGCAUGGUGGAAGUCACGUCACUACUUAAAAAGCCUGCCUCCAUUACAGAAACUUCAAUUUCUCUACUAAUGGCAGAAGCAGCUUCAUAGAACAAGGAAACUUUUUAAAUAGCAAAUUUGAAUUGGAUGUAAAUUUGAAAUUCUUUGUCUUUUUUUUUUAAAGCCACAUUAAAUUAUCCAUUUAUAAAUACUAAAGCAGGAAAAUGGGGAAAAGUGAAUUACAGUGACAUCAGAGCAAAUUGAGUACUUCAAACAGUAAGUAGUCUAUAUAUUUUAUAUAGGGUGGAAGAUGUGUUUUUAAGGUUUACUAAGUUUUGUCAAUUAACUGUAUUCACUCAAUAAAAGAUCAGUACAUGUAAGCAGUCGUUAAUAAACUGUUGCACAUGGAUACUUAAAGACAGACUUAUUGGAAAAUUAUGUUUUCUGCAGUGUUACCAGAAUCAAGGUUCUGUUUAUUCCCCAUAAGACUUGCAUUGAAAAAUAAGAUAUUAUAUUUUGUUUGUAUGUACUUAGUGUUUUGUAUAAUACCAGGAACUGCUAACUAAAUUUACUCAACUUAGGGCAUUAAAUAUCAUGUACUUCAUAGUUUGAGACUGUUCACUCAAAUAGGGCAGAGUACUAUUCUAUCUAGAUGUGUAAGUGUUUUUUUAAAAUCACAUGGAACGGUUUUUUUUAUACUAAAAAGUGGAGGGAGAUUUGUUUAAACAAGUAUUUCUAAAAGAAAUAUGUACAUAGUCCUGGAAAUUAUUUGUGGUAAGGAAAUAUUCUUUACUCCAGUUGCAUUUCUCAGACAAUAAAGUGGUGCGUCCAUGCUACCUCCUACUUUGUCAACAAAGAUGCUAUUUACCCUUUUUGUAUCAUAAUAGAUUUAAAAAUCUAAUGUUCUUUAUUGCAAGACAUCCUUUUGUUAACAGAUUUGUUUCUUUUUAAUGUUUUACCUAAAAUUUGACAUGCUUACAGGACAGGUUUGCCUCUUACUUUAUUUAACAUUGUAGAAAUGUAAUUAAUAAACAAUGCUCACUACACAAUUUAGAAUAGGCUUCCUCAUUUAUAUUCUCUUCCAAAUUUGAUCAGUUAGCAAAACUUAAUACACCAAUUGAAAUAUUUCUACAUAUGAUGAGAAUGUUUACAAUUUAAAUUUUAGAACUUGUUUUGGAUGUGAUUAUAUGUACGAAAAUCGUGUAACACUAUGCUCAUGCUAAGAACCGACAUAACGGAAUUACUGAAAUAAAUGUGCUGUGAGGAAUGGAAAAUAUGGUGCAGAUGUCUUGGUCAUGAUAAAUUGUGAUUCUUCUUUUAAACUCUUUCCAAAAACAAAUUAGUUCUUUUAACCUGAAAUCAGAUUCCUUUACAAAUAACAGUUUUUGUAUGCAAGCACCAUUUCAUUUUAUUUCAUGUAGUAUGGCUAAUACUAUAGUUGAACAAGGAUAUGCAUUGAUACUUUUCUUCGUGUGUAAAUAAAGUUAAAAACAGUUAAAAUAAGGAGUAUUUUGGUAGAGUAUAUACAUACCUCACUGCCAGUGAAAUUGCUUUCCUAUGGUAUAUCUCCUUACCAGAAAAAUCUCUAAAUAAAAAAAGAUUUAAAGAAAAUUAUAAUGUCUAUAUUGUGAAGCGUUUCUU